UUUUUGUGAGUAGGAGCGGUAAGAGAAGCAAGGAAGUGCUUCUUUUUGGACAGGUUCAUGAUUCAAUGGAACAGCAGGGUGUUCUUUGUAUGGAUCAGAUGGGAGAAUCAACACAGAUAAUUAAUUCCUUCUCAUAACUUAGGGGCUAUUUCUUACUCUCAAGGUGAAGGAAGGAGGCGGAAAAUCCUAUCAUUAGUUCCAAACAGCAAACUUUGUCCUUCUGAUGAAGAGGCAGAAAGUUUUGCCAUUAAUAAAUUAUCUUCAUAUGAAGCUACUCAGAGAGAUCAUGCCAGUGUUGAUGGAAGAGGUGGUUUGGGGCCAACAGAAGGCCUAAGACUCUCCCAGCUAACCACAUGAGUUUUGCUUUCAGCUUUCCCUACAAGAGGGAAGAAGAGUGGCUGUUGAGCAUGCAUUUGAGGUAGAAUAGCCAGUGAUGCAGGGAGUUGUUGCCUGACAUAAGAUCAUGCUUGUGUGCAAAGGUGUGAAGUUGAGAGAACUCAUCAGUCUUCUUCUGGCUCCAUGCGUGGUUUUGGGGGUUGGAACUAUUCGAGAGAGCAUCCCAAUGCAGACCCUACAGUGUUAUAAUGACCACUUAUCUCUUACAACUUGUACAUGGAUGGAGUGUUCAGAGGCUCAUCAGUUCAUGAAUGUGACUCUAAACUCUGACUGCUGUGAAAAGAAUGAAGAAAUGACCUGCAGGUCCCACAAAGGUGAAAACCAUGCUGACUGCCAGAACUUCACAAUGCACUGGGUGUGUCUCAUCCAUGGAUAUGAAUCAGAAAAAUACAGCUUCAAAUUUGGCCUAACACUGCAGGCAGAGCUAAAUGUCUACUUGUUUCAGAAUGUUCAGACCCUCCCACCUCAAAACCUCUCAGCCAGCUUGAUGAGAUCAGGAGACUUCUUGCUGACCUGGAAAGUAGCUGAUGGAAGCCAAGCGCUGGGCAACGCACUGGAGUAUGAAGUCACUUACAAGCGGGAUUGGGAGUCCUGGGAGAACGCUGCCUCGCUCUUGCUCUCCGACACCACACGUUGCCAUCUCAGCCACGAGAACCUUGUCCCGGGGAGCAGCUACGUUGCCCGUGUGCGAGCCAGACCGGGGCGGGCCAGUGGCUCCUCUGGGCAGUACAGCAAGUGGAGCACGGAGGUGUCAUGGGAGACCCCUGAAGGUGGCCUUCAUCCCAGGAACCUUCGCUGCCUCUUCAAUGGUGCAGACCAUCUGACGUGCAGCUGGGAAGUGAAGAAAGCGAUCAUCACCUCUGUCCUCUUUGGCUUGUUCUUCAGGGCCACUCCAGCAUCAGCAGAAGAGGAGUGCUCUCCUGUGCAUGAGAAGGCUUUGCCCCAUGUCCCGUAUGUGCUCCAGAGUUGUGAGAUCCCUGUUAGCAACUACAGCAGUCAGAGCCAGUACCAUGUGUCUGUCCGGGCCAAGACAGAGGAGAAACUGAUUGAACCCUACAAGAACAUUAAGGUGCUGCCGCCUGCAAAUGUGUCAGUAACAGCGACAGAGAACCAAGAGUAUGAACUGUGGUGGAUAAAACACUCUUUGGAAUAUAGCUACAUAAAACAGAGAUACCAAGUCAAGUACUGGGAAAAGAACCAACACGAAAAGACUGUCCAGAAGUUAAACAUCAGCAAUGAUGAACCUCCCUUCAUCCUCACCCUGCAGAUGCUGGCAUCAUCUACAGAGUACAGGGGGAAAAUGCGUGCAAGGGUGAAUACGCCUGUGGAUUACAAGGGGCCUUGGAGUGAAUGGAGUGAGGAGUUUGCCUGGACAACUGGGAAUGUUCUGCCACCAGUGGUGCUGCCGGUGAUGCUGCCAGCCCUCCUCAUCACUUUGCUGGUAGUUGCUUAUUGCAGCUCUAAGUAUUUCCUCAGAAAGAAGAAAAUGUGGGAGGAAAAGAUUCCGAACCCCAGCAAGAGUCUCUUGAUCCAGAGCUACCAGGGGGAAGCUGCCAGCCAACGGCCAGCCAGCCUGGUGCCCUUCAAUGGGCAGAACACUUCUGAGGAGGUGGAGCAGAUUAACUGCCUUCAAGUGCUGGAUGGGAUGACUAAGAGUCCAGCAGAGUUCCAUGGAGCUGAGGCAAAGACAGUGCAGUUUUCCUGUGCUACCCUGGCUCCACAAAACUCCUGUCAGACUUCCGGAGUGCUACAUGAAACCUCACUUUCACUGUCCACACUUGUCUGCCCACUGGAUCAGACUGCUGGUCCAUCCUGCCUGUUUGCCAGGCAUCCAUGCAAGAGUGCUCAUGCAAGUACUGCCUCCCAGACUUGCUUUGCUUUCAAUGGUCCGUACUUGUACAGCCCAGUGAUGUCCUCCCAGCCUGAUAUGCAUCAGACCCUGGAAGUGGACCCAGUGGGAGUCCGUGAGAAAUCAGGUUCCCUUCAGUAUGUGACCCUCCCAAAGAAGACUGUUCCCAGGCAAGAACAGCCAGGAGUAGGUCCUCCACAGCCCUUCCUGCUCCCUGAUCAGAAGGAAAUGAUGCAGCACCUCAACAAUGAGAAACAAGUCUCACCGGCCCCACCAGCCUGGGGGGAAGGCAUGAAUGUGAGAACAGAAGAGCAGAAAUCUCCAAAGGCUCUUAGCUGUAUCGCAUCUCCUCAGCAGCACCCCUUGGAGUACAUCACCCCAGAGAGCCUGUUACUGCCGUCAGCCAGCGACUCCAGCCCUCCGCCACCGGUCACUGCUGGGGAGUUACCUCGUGAUUCACAGGAGCCCCAGCCCCGCAGUGACCACUCUUGCCAUGAGUUUUCUCCUGGGAAAACUGGUGUCACGGUCCCAGUUUCAGGUCAAGCACCAACCUCUUCUCCUGAAUUGCACCUGGAUGUGUUUGGAGACCCUUUAGGUCUCCAUGGACAUUCAGAACCCACAAAAAUGUCAUUACCUAUUUUUUGAAAAGGAGUAUUUUUUUUUUCCCAAAAAGCCUGUGUUGGAGAACUACAUAGACAUAUUUAAUCCUGGCAGCACCAUAACAGUUCUCCUCCAUUAUGGGCAAUUGCUACCCUGUCCCCAGCCUAAAACCCAGUAAGAAUGUGCAGAUGAGUCAGAAAGAUCCCCAAGUGCAUUGGGUUUGUGUGGCAAGGUUUUGGUAGCAGGGAGGCUACAGAGGUGGCUUCUGUGAGACGAUACCAUAAGCUUCCCCUGUGUCUGACAGAGCCAGUUCCAGCUGGCUCCAAGACGGACCCACCACUGGCCAAAGAUAAGCCCAUCAAUGACGUUGAUAGCACCUCUCUAAUAGCAUAUUUAAGAAAGGGUAAAAACUGCUGCACGACAGUUGCAGCCAGGGAGGAGUGAGAAGAUGUGAGAGGAACAACUCUGCAGGCACCAAGGUCAGUGAAGAAGAAGGGCAAGGAGGUGCUCCAGGUGCUGGGGCAGAGAUUCCCCUGCAGCCCGUGGCGAAGACCAUGGUGAGGCAGGCUGUCCCUCUGCAGCCCAUGGAGGUUAACAGUGGAGCAGAUAUCCACCUGCAGCCCGUGGAGGACCCCACGCCGGAGCAGGUGGAUGUACGCCAAAGGAGGCUGUGACCCCGUGGGAAGCCCAUGCUGAAGCAGGCUCCUGGCAGGGCCUGUGGCCCCAAGAGGAACUCACAGUAGAGCAGGUUUGCUGGCAGGACUUGUGACCCCGUGGGGGACCCACGCUGGAGCAGUCUGUUCCUGAAGGACUGCACCCCGUUGAGGGGACCCACACAGGAGCAGUUUGUGAAGAACUACAGCCCAUGGGAAGAACUCAUUUUGAAAAAGUUCAUCUGUGGGUGGGAUCCCACAUUGGAGCAGGGGAAGAGUGUGAGGAGGAAGCAGCAGCAGAGACAACAUGUGAUGAACUGACUGCAACCCCCAUUCCCCAUCCCCCUGUGAUGCUUAGGGGGAGGAAGCAGGGAAAUUGAGAAUGAAGUUGAGCCUGGGAAGAAGAGAGGGAUGGGGGGAAGAUGUUUUAAGAUUUGGCUUUUUAUGUCUCAUUAUCCUACUCUGAUUUGAUUGGCAGUAAGUUAAAUUAAUUUCCCCAAGUCAAGUCUGUUUUGCCCAUGAUGGUAAUUGGUGAGUGAUCUCUCCCUGUCCUUGCCUUGACCCACAAGCCUUUCGUCAUAUUUUUCUCCCCCUGUCCACUUGAGAAGGGGAGUGAUACAGCGGCUUUGGGGGGCACCUGGUGGCCAGCCAAGGUCAACCCACCACAUCAGGUAAAUAUGUUUUGGAAAUCCAUUAAAAUUAUCAGAUAGCCUGCACAUGAUGGGGGAUCCAUCAGUGGCAAGGAAGACAAAGCACAGAAUAUUGAGGUGAUUCAGAUAUUCAGAGUACUAAAGAAAGCUGUUGUGGAAAGUAGCCAGCUUUGAGAUUCAGAAAAGCCUGUUGGAGUUGUAGGGGUCUUAGAUAACCAAGACAAAAAUUUGAAGUAUUACACCAUUAUAAUCCCAUUUUCUUUCCACAAAUGUUACCUCUCCCCUUCAGCUUCUAGUCCAAUAUAGUGAAAGAUAUCAUGCGACCCUACCCCUUUCUCAGUUAUGUUAAUGUAUUUGGUAAAAGGGACAGGCCAUAAUCACCAUGUACCUGCAUUUAGAUAGGCUCACAUUCCCCUGAUAGGUGUGACUGGCAGAGAAAGAAGCCAGAUUUAGCUAGGUCUCCUUUCUAAAAAUAGGUAAUCAAUUUCAGUUCAAGGCUCUGAGGUUAUAGGAAAAGAAAAUGAUUUUGCUUGGACACAUAAUGAGCUUGGAUAAUCACUUUUCCUGCUCAAGAGCAAUGAAUCCAAGAGUUUAAAAGAAAAGGAAUAUUAUUAAAAGGGAUAAAAUGGCAAGUCAGCAUAAACACUGGUAGGCCUGUUUAAUAAAAUCAGCGAUACGACCUGAAAGCUUCUUGGUGAUGUAGCCCAUUCCCCUGUUUUGCCCAGAGCUGAGAGAGUCCAUUGUCCAUCUGUAAGGAGAUGUUCCUCUUAAUCUCCCUUACUGUUUCCAAGUGUGGUGAUCCCACCUCUGAUGCUGGGUCGCUGCUCUUGGCAGCUUUGACCGACAAAGCCUUGGUUCUGUCUGCAAUCCCACCACGCUGCCCCCUCAACAUUUCAGAUCCUCAGAGAGGAGUCUCUAGCAAACAAAACCCAAAGAGAACCCUGAGCAAAAUACCAUUUGUGUUUGUUUUUCUUUUUAACUUUCUUGUUCCAUGGCUCCUUUGCUCUACCACUGUGAAGGGGAACCCCACGGGCAAUUCCUAACCCUCAAAACACCAUUGUCUCUUGAUGGAUAAUAGCGUUUUAAAUACCUUCAAACGUAAGAAACAAUUGUAUUUCAACUCCAGUGUGCAAGAGUGAAAUCUACUGAAGUCAAUGCACUUGCUGCCU